GACGAGGAAAAUCCGUGAUCAGUUGAAUUGAAAUUUUCUCUUCGAGUGGAACUGGUUGAGAUGGAGAGGAGAGUUUGGAUAGCGAUUUGCGUUAUCUGUGUUGGGGGCAGUGUUCAGGGACAAGAUUACUUCGAGUUCAUGAGGAAUGAUGGGACCAGGGGAUAUAGUCAGAGAUCUCCACCUGCUCCUUCCACAAAUCGGACUGUUGCUCCAGCUAAAAUUAUCAGACUUCCAAAUGCUGCGUACACUGAUGAUGAUUUUUAUGGGUCCAAUAUGGGCAAGAGUCCAGUUGUUGUUGAAUGCAAACCCCGAAUCAAUGAAAUCCACGCAAUGAUGAAAAGGGCUAUGUGCAAUCCAAAACCCACACUUGUGAAAUUGAAUCCAGAUCCUGGGUACGAGUACAGCCCAAAUAUUAUCAUUGUCAAUCGAUGCAAAGGUCCUUGUGGCCAUUUUACCCAGUCCUGUAUGCUCGGAGAGUCAACUUUUAGAACAAUUGUUGUCAAGAGGAAGGAGAUAGCCAAGGGUUUUUUCGUGUCCCAGCCACAAUGUUUAGAGAUUCAGGUUGAAGAGCACACGGGCUGCAAAUGUGGAUGCGAUUUGAUGGAGGGCCACUGCAAUAAGAGACAGAAAUAUUACCCGGAUGCAUGUGACUGCAAAUGUAUGAAUCUUGAUGAGAAAUUGAAGUGCGAUCAGCAGUCACACAUGGAAUGGGAUCCAGCGACUUGUCGGUGCAAUUGCAAAAUGGAGGAGGAAAUUUGCAAUACUGGACUGCACUGGGUGCCCUCAAUGUGCAAAUGCGCUAAAGUUAUCGAGAACUUCAUUUCCCCAUUCAACAAGUAAACUUUGGCGUCAGGAGCACUCGUAAUCCCUUUAAAUAAUUAUUAACCCAUCAAACGAUAUCUUCGAUUAUAUUUCAAGGAUUUUGAGAAUUGUUUUUCAAUAUCAAUAAUCAAUAGUUCAACUUCUCAUUUUCACACAGAGAAUUACAUUUUUCCUGUAAGAAAUCUUUUCAUUCCUAGAAUAUUAUAAAUAAAUAGCACUGUAGAUUUUU